AUGUAAGGCACAAUGCCACUUAAUGGGUUAAACAGUCCAUCCUUAUGACAUUCCUUGUAGAUGGUGUAAAAUUAAAAGAUGCUAUUGUUUUAACAAACGUACUUCAACAGGUAAACACAACAGUAUGAACACUAAUUUAUACUUUCCAUGAAGAUCAGUUUUCUUGCUUAGAACAUGCUUACAGUAAUAGGUCAUUUUUUCCCAAAGGUUUCUGCGAUGCAAGACAAUGUUUAUGUUUUAAAUCGUCAUUUUUAUACAGAAGUUCAGGUUGGUUGUGAUUUGCAAUCUUGUGGAAAUGAUACUGUUUCCUGUAACAGGAAAUAUUUGUGAUUAAAGGCAGAUUUAUUGAUCUUUGUAUUUCUUAUACUUUGCUUUUAAUUUUGUAUUGAAGAUGGACGUGGACACUUGGCCGGGCUACACGGAUGAAGAUCGAGAAACGGUCAAAAAGUAAUAAAUGUUUUGUAUAAUAUAUUUAGUACAGUUUGCAAGAACAACUAAAGAUUUAGUGGAUGCUUGAAACUGUGGUUUAGGAUUUUCUGUAAUUCACUGAAUAAUGAAUUAAUAUUUUAUUUCGUAGUAAAAUCGUCUCAGAGAUGGGCUCAAGCGUUGAUAGACUUUCACCUGGACCAUUAAUAGCUCCGUCUUUGUUGGGCAUUGUGAGUUGCAAUUGUGCAUAUCGACUUCUUGAGUGAUCGUUAACUACGCACGUAAAAACGCACAAGUUGUUACAAGUCUGCAAACAAGUUGUUACAAAUCUGUUCACAAGCUGUCAACAAGUUGUGUUCGCAUUGGUUGUUCCCAGUUUUUGUAACAAGUUUGGACCAAGCUGUUAACAACUUGUAACAAGCUUGAUGGCAUUAUCAGACUUGGUACGAGGUUGUUCUAACGAGUCUGAUACAGUCAUGAUACAACAAGAAUGUUACAAGGUUGACUACACAAGGUUGUAACAAUAGUGUUAUAUCAUGACUGUAUCAGACUUGUUGGAACAACCUUGCAACAAGUCUGAUAAUAUCAACAAGGUUGUUACAAAUUGUUAACAGUUUGUUCCAAACUUGUUGACAACUUGGGACAAGCAGUGCGAACACAACUUGUUGAUGGCUUGUUGGCAGACUUGCUACAAGAUGCGAGACUUUUGCGUGUGUACAGUGGUGAAGCUAGUCAUAGCAACAGGUCAACAUGCGAUGCAAAUUUUUAAUGAUUUGCAUUAUUAUGACCAGUUGCCAUGGCUAGUUUCACCGCUGGUUCACCAUGACACUCUUUGUUUAACAUUUCCAUUCCUUUCCUUUCCUAGAACUCGACCAAAAGACCUCUCUCCGGAGGAAACAAGCCAGGCAAGAACCCAGCUGGUAAAAAACCUCGUAUUGCACACAGUAACCUGAACACACCCGCAAAGAACGAGGGAAAACGAGCAGAAACGUCUCCACCUAAACUUACCUCGCAAUCUCCAAGAAUUGUUCCUCCCAGGAGGGCGAGUAGAGAGAAGCAUAAAACGAAUCAUGAAAUGAACAAAAAGACGCCAAGUGAGUCGUUUUAACAAUCGAAUAAAUACACAGUAAAAGCGUUACAGCACAGCAGCAUUUUGACACUUUUAUAAGAGCAAAAAAUUUAAACUAUAAUUCUCCAAGUUUGCCUCCAAAUCAGAGCUUGAAUUUUAUCGCGGCAAUUGCCGUAGAGGGAGAACAAAAUGCCGUGGAUCAUUGCGUCAACGACUGCAAUUUUUGGCGUAUAUUAUAAUUUUUAUACUAUUCACUGUGUAUUACUAUUUUGAUACUUGAAUUCAGAUGUUGAUCAAAUCAUGCGUUAACUACUAUUUUAGUCUGAGUUUUCUUCGAAAAAAAAACACUAAAGAAAUACGUAAACAUGUUUCUAGCUUGUCAGCAAUCCAAAUAACAAUAAAAUUAGAUUUUUAUUACAGUAAUUUGAAAAAAUGCCGUGGAAAUUUGCCAAAAUUGCCGUAGACAGCUGUUAUGCUCUACGGUAAUUUUUAACGUCAUUGCCGUCGAUUGAUUUCAGGGAAAUUCGAAGCCUGCUCCAAAUAUAAUACUACUAUACAUGACAACUACAAAUUCAUAAUAUUUUCGACAAACUGUUUGAAUUUCUCGGUAGAAUGUCCGUUUAUAGAGAUGAAAUAUGGCAUUGUUCUCUCUCGUUUUCAGACAAAGACUCGACGAAAACAACAAAAGCAACAAAUGGUUCAGAGAACAAUGGCAACGAUAGCAACAACAACAACUGUUCCUUUUCAAAAACAGAUUCACCCUUAAACGAAGAUUAUCUUUUGUAAGUAAUGAAGGACAGCAGUCUUAAUGUGUUGAUGAGACUGUAAUUAGUACAUCUGUAUUUCGUCUCUCUGUGACCGUAGUUUCAUUCAUAUAUACGAUAAAAGAAUUUUCUGAAAUUCUCACCACAGUUUCUAGAGAGAACAGAUUAGAACCGAUAGAGCUAUUCAGUAUAAAUAAAUUUAGUUUAGGUUUCCUCCUGUAGUAACACUGGAUCAAUAAGAGAUGAUCCUUACUGGACCUCUAGGGAGAACAGUUUAGAACUGAUAGAGCUAUCCAGUAUAAAUAAAGUUAGUUUAGUUUAGGUUUCCUCCUGUAGUAACACUGGAUCAAUAAGAGAUGAUCCUUACUGGACCUCUAUAGGAAGAACAGUUUCGAACCGAUAGAGCUAUCCAGUAUAAAUAAAGUUAGUUUAGUUUAGGUUUCCUCCUAUAGUAACACUGGAUCAAUAAGAGAUGAUCCUUACUCGACCGCUAGGAAGAACAGUUUAGAACAGACAAAGCUAUCCAGGAGAAGCAAAGUUAGUUUAUGUUUCUUGGUGUUUUUGCAGAAAAUAUCCCGAAAUCAAGACAUACGAACAAAGAUGCUCAUAUAAAGAAGACUUUGCAAAGGAAUACACAGAAUUCACCGCGACAAAAGAACGUUUAGAUUUAGUUACAAAACAAUUCAAUGACCUCAAAGAAAAAUUAAAAAACUAUCCUGCAGACAGCCAUGCAGCUAAGGUAAAUAUUUUGUGAAAACUUUUCUUCAAAAAUUAUCGACUAAUGAAACAGUCGCGACGAUUACAGUUAAUUCAUUUUCUUGCAGGAACUUCAGGAAGAAAUAUUUAAAGUUUACGAAGAAAAAAAGGUGAGAAGAUUCUUCAAUGUGGAAACACGGAUAGCAUGUCUGGUUAGCACCAGGGGCGUAUCCGGUGGGGGUUGGGUUGGGUUUGCGCAACCGCCGCCCCACACCCACCCACUUUUCGCUGAGAUUGUCGGGAAAUUCAGAAAAUGGAACGCUGAUCGGUAAAAUAAGGGAGAGGUCGUUGAUGAUUUUUUUAUGUAGCGAUUUAUGCUGCUGUUUCAGUUCGUUUUUCAAAUAGUACUUUACAAUAUAGAAUUUUAAUCAAAUUGAAUCAUAUUCUUACAUUUCAAUCAUUCACGUGAUAGUUUAGCAUAAUUUGGAGGUCAACUGCAAUAACAAAGAAACAACAUGGCUGUCAACACUCUUACGUCAAUAAGUUCUUUGACUAUUAUAAAAGGCAAAUAAUGUCAACAAUAUAAAACCCUCCUUUACCCUUGGCGCAGACCCUUGACCACGAGACGUCAUAUGAAACCCGAAAAUUGUACCUGUUGAAGGAUAUUGAAAUUUUUCGCCUCGAAGGGAGGGGAUAAGUGGUGUAACGCCCUUUUCUUUGGUAAAAAUGGGAGUCGUUCUUAUUUCAUUUUUUUUGUCAUAUUUCAGGAGCGAUGGACAAAAGAUCGUCAAAGACUGAAUUAUUUAUACCCAAAGUUAAACCACAUUAAAAAACUUGUCAUACAGUACGACCAAGCGCAUUUUGGAACAUCCUGAAUACUUCAUGUAAGCAAGAAUUGAUCACGUUCGAGGCGUCUUGUGUACUUCAUGUUGGAAAGAAUGAAAGUUCGUCGAACCGUGAGUACGCGUUGUGUGACAUUUUAUAACGUUGCGUCGCCAAAAAUUCCCGUUACAAACUAAAGAGUGGGUCGUUUAUUUUACAGCAUUAAUUCACUGUCUAAAGGUUUACUUCUAAGAAACCAUUCCUGAAACAGUUUAACAUGCUUAAAAGGCUGGUGGAUUGCCAGUGCGCUUAUCAGAGGUAUUCACCCCCCUGGACGUCCGCAUUUUGAAUAUUAUCAGGGGGGAAGCUUCUCGUAAGCGCACUGCCUGGGACUAUAUGGCGUCAGCAUUUUGAUGACGAAUUACGGUUACGCCAAAAUCAUAGGAAAAGCCAGUAUUCUGUGUCAUUGUUCUGACUCAUUUGUGACGUUAUGUAAAGGUGUACAAUAUGUAUGAUGGUCCGUGAAUCGCGCAAACGCCCAUUGAAGUGAACAACAACACAGAACAAUCACUUCCAUCGACAUAAAUGUCUGUACUUUUCGUGAAACGAAAAUCCUGAAACAUAUUUUCACAUUGCUCAUAUUACUUCGCUGAAUUUCAUUCAAUGACUCCGGUAGGUAAAUUAUGUGACGUCUCAGAAAUCUGUAUAAAGGCUUCCUAUUUUGUUUUCACAAAAACUGUAAAAUUAAAAUGUUUAUUUUUUGGCUUUAAAAGUCAUAAAGUACGUGGAUGUUGUUUAGUGAGAUAAUUUAAAUAUAUGGUCUUUGUAUUUCAUCUCAUCUCGUUAAUGACACACAGGAUGUAAACACAACUUUUGAAACAAACAUUUUAAUAUUUAUUUUAAUAAUUUUCCAAUUACAGUAAGAACUGCAUGAUUGAUUGCGUAUACAACAGGACAAGCGGAGUUCUAAGUUAAGCUCUACGCUACAUAAAUACACUAUUAGGCCUGUUUCAAACGUGUGCCGAACGCAUUAAAAACAAUAGUUCAAACACUCAUUAAUAAUUCAUAAGCUUAUUGGCAAACCAUGUCAACCAUAAUAUGUCACGUGCAGUGGCUUUAAACCUGAUAAAACACUCCUAAUCAGUAUUCUUUAUAUAAAGAAUACUAAUAAGGCAGUAUCUAUUGUAGUCGUGUCCUCAUUAGUGUUCUUUAUAUAAAGAAUACUAAUGAGGCAGUAUAUCUAUUGAAUUUGUAGUCGUGUUUGAAGCCGUUUAAUAAACUCGCAGGUCGUGUUUUAUUAGGUCUAAAGCCACUCGCGCUGCGCGCUCGUGGCUUUAAACCUAAUAAAACACUCCUGCUCGUUUAUUAAAUAAUCAACUGAAGUGUGCCUCAUUAUCUAUUAUUUCUAAAGCAUUCGGCUCAUGAGAAGCGCGACGUUCGAAACAGGCCUUACUAUCAUACAACUUACAAAUCAACGUACAAAGUUACACGUGAUUACAUUUGCACAUGCAGUAAAAGUCUAUGACUACAAAACAUUUGAGAAGAAUAAGCCACGGUCGUAUCUACUUUAUACUUCUUCACAGCUACUGUGAUGUUUUUAAAAUACAUUAUUUUACAUUGCAAUGUCUUGUGGAAAAUUCACGUGUUGGUGGAUUUCAGUGAGAACUGCGCGGGACAGCAGUCAACUUGUAUAGGCAAGAAAAUGAAACUAAAUCACUCUCAUUUAUUUGCCUUCAAAUACAUGCAUGGCUGGUACAUAUUUAUUAUAAGAAUUAACAAUAUUUUCUCGACCAUCAUCUGUUACACGAUAGUGCUUGAUGAAAGCCACUUAUGAAACUACAUAUUUAUAUGAACUAAAACGAGCAAGAAAAACAACAGCAAAGUUGGGACAUUUUGGCGGCGUUCAUUACCACCUGUUGGGGAAGGAGUCCUAAAAAACUCCACAUUUUUCGGAGUGGUAAAUGUUUUAGUAUCUUCAGGCUGUGAUGUCGUCAUUUCCGGGAGUGUAGUAGAUCUAUUCUCCCGGGGGGUGGUGGAUAUAUUUUGUCCGGGGGUGGUGGAAAUAUUUUGAUCAAGGGUGGUAGAUGUUGUAUUCUCCAUGAGAGGGGUUGUGGAUGGUAUUUCUUUCUGGGUGGUUUUGGACACAUUGUUUCCAGGGGGUGCAGUUGACAUGCUUUGGGAUGUAGGUAUAUCUACAGGUGGGGUUCCAGAGCCCGUACCGGAUGAGUCAAUGGCAUAAGGAUAGAAUCCACAGUUGUCAUAUCUAUCUUGAAGAUCAUAAAUAGCUUCUUUUAAUGGUCCUUCGUAUAGCUCGGCAAGCGCUGUACCAAAACUGAAAAACAAAAACACAAAAAGCUAAGAGAUGUGGUUGUCCCAGUGACCUCCAUAUCUUUAUAUAUAUAUAUUGAAAUUUUUAUGCUCUCUCUCUACUUCGGAUAAAAAGGAUUAUACUAUAUUCUUGUUUGAUAUUUCAAUUAUAAGUUGCGAAGUUUUGUAUACAUUUGUUUUGUAACAGGUCACUAACGUAAUUGGCUCACGCUGUGUUAGUGUUCCUGAACCGUCUUCCUGUUUAAUAAAUAAAUAAAUAAAUAAAUAUCUGAAGGGAGAACUCGAAUCCGAAAAGUGAAAAGGUCGGAAAAGCGAGAACUCGAAUCCGAAAGUGAGCUUCGUGUUAACCGCGCAGAUAACAAUAAAAAGAGACUGGAACUGACGUUUAGCUUCGAAUUUCUGAACUAAAACGAACCAUAUCGGCAACUAAAAUUUACACUUGAAGUUGAAGAGCUGUAGAAUUUGUAGAAUUUCUGCCUACAAAGUGACAUUACAGUGUGUAUUUGUAUUUGAAGUUAUUUAAAGCAUUUCCCUCCGAUGUUUAUCCAAUACCAGGACUCGCCUUCUGAAUGAGAUAAAAUGGGCUGCGCAUGCAUUGAUAUGACUUAACAGAAUUAACAUUACUAAUUCUGAUAACUGUAUAUGAUAUAUGUUAUUCUGUGACAAAAAUGUGGUGAAACUCGCCUAUUGAGUAUUGACGUUCAUAUAAACAUUCCUCCCAUUAGUAACCAGCCUCUUACCAUUUAUAAAAAAUAUCGUCACAGUCUUCAUACGUAUAUUCGACUACAAUCUGUUGUUCAUUCGUUGAGCAGUAAAACGGCAGGCAAUACAGUUCUUUGAUUUUUGAGACGCAUUCGUUGGAAAACAUCCGGCUACCGUUAGGAAAGCGCGCUGUCGUGAGGUUUUCAAAAUAGCCACUAUCUUCGUAUCCUUUUGAUGACGUGAUGUAUAAGUCCAGUUUGUCUUCAGGCAUCUAAAAUAUUGAGAUAAAGUUGUCUUAUAUAUAUUAUAGCUUUGCGAUUAUAUUGUACCCUUGUCCUUGAAAUUUUAAGUACGAAAAUCUGAGAAACGGUGCUCUAUAGAAUAAAUACUUGAUCUACAUCUUGAUUCCUAUGACUAUUACGCUGGUAUAAUUAUUUCUUGGAAUUUUUUAUUAUGUUACGGGAAUGUUUUUUGGUAUAUACAUAUGCUAUUUAUGUAAAUCAGAAUGAUUUUGUAUUAAUUACAAUCUCCAAACGUCAUGAUUUCUUUUGUGUUUUCUUCAUGGACUAUCAAUGAGCAUUUCAAGGUUGUUGAUGUCUGAUUUCCAUAUCGUCGUAAAAAUAGAGUCAUGAUCUUUCUCAACGGCCAGUUUCUGAUAGUUUUUACCUGUAAACCACAUAUAAAUCAUAAGUAUUCUCUAGUUAUAAUCACUCCGCGUAUUUUCAGUUCUCAAAUGUUGUAUUUCGGCUGAUGAGAAAGAUCGUGACUCAAUCUUUACGACCGUUACGACCAUAUGGAAACCAAGCUUGGUAUAUUGCUGGGAUUUUUAUGUUGACAAACAACAAUUAAUAACCAAAUGCUUUAAAUUCCAAAUUUGUCAUCAGUAUCUCUG